UGUGUCCUGCAGAGGUACAUUGAGCGGCAAGGCAACCUGCGGGACCUGUACGACGACUGCGACAGGCUGAGGAAGGAGGAGCUCAGUGCCAUUUCUGGCCCCAAUGAGUUUGCGGAGUUCUACAACAGACUGAAGCAGAUUAAGGAAUUCCACCGGAAACACCCGAACGAGAUCUGUGUUCCCAUGUCGGUGGAGUUUGAAGAGCUGCUCAAGGCCAGAGACAACCCGAGUGAGGAAGCUCAGAACCUGGUGGAGUUCACGGAUGAGGAAGGGUACGGACGGUACCUGGAUCUGCAUGACUGUUACCUCAAGUACAUCAACCUGAAAUCAUCAGAGAAACUGGAUUAUAUCACUUACUUGUCCACAUUUGACCAACUCUUCGAUAUCCCCAAGGAGAGAAAAAACGCUGAGUAUAAGAGGUACCUCGACAUGCUCCUUGAGUACCUUCAGGACUACACAGACCGAGUGAAACCACUACUGGACCAGAAUGAGCUUUUUGGGAAGAUCCAGACGGAGUUUGAGAAGAAGUGGGAGAACGGCACAUUUCCUGGCUGGCCGAAAGAGACCAGCAGUGCUCUCACUCACGCUGGUGCCCACCUGGACCUCUCAGCGUUCUCCUCCUGGGAGGAAUUGGCCUCUCUGGGACUGGACAGGUUGAAAUCAGCCUUGCUGGCCCUGGGGCUGAAGUGUGGUGGGACUCUGGAGGAGCGUGCUCAGAGGCUCUUCAGCACUAAAGGCAAAUCCCUGGAGGCACUUGAUCCUUCCUUGUUUGCUAAGAAUCCAAAGACAAAAGGAAGCAAAAGAGACACUGAAAGGAAUAAGGAUCUUGCAUUCCUGGAAGCUCAGAUUUAUGAAUAUGUAGAAGUUCUUGGGGAGCAGAGACACCUCACGCAUGAGAACGUGCAGCGUAAGCAGGCACGGACAGGGGAGGAGAGGGAGGAGGAGGAGGAGGAGCAGAUCAGUGAGAGUGAGAGCGAAGACGAAGAAAAUGAAAUCAUUUACAACCCCAAGAACCUGCCCCUGGGCUGGGACGGGAAGCCCAUCCCGUACUGGCUGUACAAACUCCAUGGGCUGAACAUCAACUACAACUGCGAGAUCUGUGGUAACUACACCUACCGCGGGCCCAAGGCUUUCCAGCGGCACUUCGCGGAGUGGCGCCACGCACACGGGAUGCGGUGCCUGGGCAUUCCCAACACGGCACACUUCGCCAACGUCACGCAGAUCGAGGACGCGGUCUCAUUGUGGGCAAAGCUGAAGCAGCAGAAGGCUUCGGAGCGGUGGCAGCCUGACACGGAGGAGGAGUACGAGGACUCCAGUGGAAACGUGGUGAAUAAGAAGACCUACGAAGACCUGAAGCGCCAAGGGCUGCUGUAG